CGAGUACCCUCACUAUCCACUAAAUUCCACAAAACCCAGACUCGAGACUCGAGAGCACAACGCGCCCCUGCUCCGUCCCGGUCUUCCAGGGAAUUUUUUUGUCAAUUUCAUAUCCCACCGCCACCGACAUGUCCGGCGCCGGCUGCCUCCCCGCCGGCGACACCACCUUCUCCAGGGUCUGCCGCGACGGUGCGGCGGCGGCGCGGCUCAAGACGGGCUCCCUGCUCGCCAUCCUCGUCGCCAGCGCCGUCGGCAUUUGCCUCCCCGUCGCGCUCACGCGGGCGUUCCGGGGGCGCGAGGGCUACGCGCGGGGCCUGCUCCUCGUCAAGUGCUACGCCGCGGGGGUCAUCCUCUCCACCUCGCUCGUCCACGUGCUCCCCGACGCUCACGCCGCGCUCGCCGACUGCGCCGUCGCGUCGCGCAGGCCCUGGCGGGACUUCCCCUUCGCGGGGCUCUUCACCCUCGUCGGUGCGCUGCUCGCGCUGCUCGUCGACCUCUCCGCCUCCUCCCACCUCGAAGCCCACGGCCACGCCGGCGAGGCCAACGAGCACCAGAACUACGCCCCUAUCCCCAAGAAAUCCCCCGUCUUCGAGCUCACCGGCGAAAUGAGCCCCAAGAAACGCGCUUUCUUGGACGCUGACCGCGAGGACCCGGCGCUGCACGCCGCCAGGAACGGCGGCGACCCGGACAGGGACGACGUGGCGCUCUUCGGAGCCAAGAAAGGGGCCGCAUUGGUGUGCAGCGACGAGGUCGCGGUCGUCGGUGCCGGAUGCCAUGGCGGUGGGCAUGAGGUGGUGGAGGUAGGGGAGGGGGAGGAGGAGGAGGCGAGGAACAAGCAGAAGAUGGUGUCCAAGGUGCUGGAAAUUGGGAUAGUGUUCCACUCGGUUAUCAUUGGGGUAACCAUGGGAAUGUCGCAGGAUGUCUGCGCAAUCCGACCGCUUGUUGUUGCGCUAUCCUUCCACCAGGUGUUCGAGGGUAUGGGCCUUGGCGGUUGCAUAGCACAGGCUGGUUUUGGGAUGGCAACAGUUGGUUACAUGUGCAUAAUGUUCUCAGUGACAACACCAUUGGGAAUACUGCUUGGAAUGGCAGUCUUCCAUAUGACUGGCUAUGACGACAGCAGUCCAAACGCCUUAAUAAUGGAAGGGAUUCUUGGUUCACUUUCUGCUGGAAUCCUUAUUUAUAUGGCGCUUGUCGAUCUUAUUUCUCUUGAUUUUUUCCAUAACAAGAUGAUGUCAGCAUCCCUAAAACUGAAGAAGGCCUCUUACAUUGCUUUGGUGCUUGGAUCUGCUUCUAUGUCAAUAUUAGCUCUAUGGGCAUAGUUCAUAAUCAAAUUUGUAGAGGAACCUUAUGUACUAUAUUCAGAGACAAACACAAUGUAUUGCUCCUCUGAUAUCUUGUGUAGGAAGGAAUGGAUAAUUUGGGGGGUCAAUACUUCCCUCAUGUAAAUUUGAACACAUUAGAAACUGGAAAGUCCGACCGCCUUUUAUGAAUUCGUGGCCUGUUCAUUCACUCAUUUUACAUUUUCAUGGAUAACCAACAUCUACGCUCUUUUAUCUUUCAGUUUGUGCAUACUGAAUACUGUAACUGUUGUAGGAACAUGUUUUUAGCGUUGAAAUUGGCCGUGCUGCUUUGACUGCUUUCAGGUCUGGAGUUCAUAAUAGGAAGGAAUGCUCAUCCAUGUAGGUUGAGUUAUUAAGUUGUUCUUUGCGA